AAGCCCUCAGAUGCGAGGAGGCUGACGCUCUGAAAGGCGGAGAUCGCUAAUAACGGGCGGCUGCAGCACACAUCAGCUAAGGCACUUCUUUACGCUGACCCGCGUCGGGGGUGAUUUUCUUUUAAAUCCGGGAAGAUCGGUUCGCGCUGGGUUUACAAGAUUUCGCCUAAUGUGACAACACUGGAAAACAAUAACGUUAUUGGAAUCUCAAACAAAAGCGAUGGGAGCCUUUGGAGUACUCAUAGGGAUUUUACAUUACACGGGACUCUACAUCCAACUUAGUACCUCUUCCAGACAAGGUGGACACACCGAGGUAGAGAACCACAUCUCCGGAAACGCGCUCUUCACCGAAGUUCCCCAUGACAUCACCACGCAGAGCGGACAGGAUGUGGAGAUGGCCUGCUCCUUCAGGGGAACUGGCUCAUCCUCGCACUCCCUGGAGAUCCAGUGGUGGUACCUCAGGAACGACAGAGACUGGACGGACAAGCAGGCCUGGAUGACCAAUCAGGUUGUUCCCCAGGAGGAUAUGGCAAAGGAUGCAACAAAAAUAAGUGUGGUGAAGGUGGCGGGGACCAACAUCUCUCACCGGCUGAGGCUGUCGAGCGUGAGGCCGGGGGACCAGGGCACGUACGAGUGCCGCGUCAUCGACUUCAGCGACCGCAAGACCCGCCUGCACCGUGUCCACGCCUUCCUGAGGGUGGAGCCAGAGCAGAGCCCCGCCCCCCAGGCCCCAGAGGCCGGCGCCCACGCCCAGGACCCCGCUGAGCACCCCUCCCCCACCCGCAGCCAGCACACAGGGGGAAGGAGCCUGAACAAGCGGUCUGCAGAACCCCCCAAUGACUGCACUCACAGCUGCGUGCUGUAGGUCACUUCCUGCUUAAGCCCCGCCCCUCCUCCCAGCAGCCUUAGGAGGUAGUGAUUGAGAGUCACAAGGGCCUCAAAAUGGGCGGAGCUAUCACAUUCCAUCAAUAUACAAGCCAAUCAGAGUUUUGCUAUGGAGAGCAGUGUUGUUUUUUUAUUGGUUUGUUGGUGAUUGAUGGCACGUGCUAAGUCCUCCCAUUCUGGGGCUCCAAAUGCUGCAAGAUAGCAGGGCCCUGUGGAUAUUGUACACAAAAAGAUACCAGGUUUGCAUGUGAAAUAUGUUUAUUCAAUUGCCAUUUGUAAUUGGAGAGGCAGGCCAAAGUGGUAUUCUUUUAUCCAGUUGUUUUGUUUUGGAACUUUCAGUUCUCUGUUCUCUGUGGAUUUGACAUUUUUGAUGGCUCCUCUAGCAGGAGAGAAUAGCUCUGUUCCCUGAUUAGCUCGCUAUCUUUUUGUUGCUCCAAAGUAGCCUUCCUAAUAUUUUGAUUUUGCCAAUGUCUCUUUGGCCAGUGUAAAGCUGGGCGGAAGCAAAAUAAUAAAAUAUUCUGUACAGUAAAAAAAAGGCUGUCCAAUAUCGGUGUGCUUUAAACUGCCACCUUUUUUAUUAGUCCUGGACUCAAAACAAUUGUAUGUGACGAAAAAGCAACUGUAAAUGACUGUUUUACGCUUUGGACAGAAACUUCUUUGAGCUUUGUGACCGGUUCUCUUGAGGAUGAGUUUCCGUUUGUAUAUUUUGCUUUGUUUUGUAAGAGAUCAAGGUUAAAAAGUUGUACAUUUUUAAACUUCUAGGAUGGUCUCACCAUAAGUGUACGCUUUUAUCACAUUAAACAAAUUCUACAUGAACAUAAA